AUGGGCGACUUUGGGGCAUCGCCCUCUAUCGAGGAGACCCUCUCUUUGCCCACGGAAUCCAUCUCUGCUCCCCUGGACGACGACAUCCACGUCCUGGUCACUGGCUUUGGCCCAUUCAAAACACAUCCACUCAAUCCCUCAUGGUUAAUCACCUCUCUGCUCCCCAAGUACGCCCCCUCGACCUCCAAGAACCGCCGGGUACGCAUCCAUGCCCACCCGCGCCCUAUUCGAGUGGCUUACGCUACCGUCCGCUCCGAGAUGCCUUCUAUCAUCGAGGAGUUUCGAGCCUCGCAUGACGGACGCCCGCCUCAUCUCGUAAUUCACAUUGGCAUGGCGUCGACAAGGCAGUACUAUUCCGUUGAGACAGUCGCGUGCAGGGACGGAUACAAGUACACUGACAUAGAAGGACAGUUUGGUCUGCCUUUUGACUCUACUUCGCCUGAACGCCUACAUCCCGGUGUGCCUUCUUCUACGCCUGGAGGGGCAACAGAGAACAUCACUGUGAAGCCCUCGCCGCUGGAUACGGCGUUCCUACAGACAUGGCGUAAGAGUCUGCCUCCGGGACGUGCGAUUGAUGUGCGACUGUCUCACGAUGCGGGGCGGUAUCUAUGUGAAUAUAUAUAUUACACUAGUCUCUCCAUGGCCUGGGAGGAGCAGAGGCCGCGAGGGGUCGUCUUUCUGCAUGUUCCUGGAUGGACGGACAAGGCCAGUGUGGAGAUGGGUGCCGAUGUCCUGGUGGGGCUUGUCCGGGCGAUGGUGGAGAGCUGGAUUACCGAGAGGGAUGCUAUAUGA